AUGAACUUAAACAUUAUUUUAAAUCAUGGUAAUGUGGCACAAACCGAGGGAAAACUGCAGUUACAACGAGUCGUUUCGAGAUGUAGCUGUCAAAUGUAUUUUUGCUACUUUUCGGAUACAUUGGAUCUUGAUACACAUGACAUUCCCUAUUCGAUCAGCGAAGCGAAUGAGGCAGGUGGAAUUUGGGGCCAGCCAGAACCCGUUGAUUGCUUUACCUUAAAACAUAACAUGCUGGAGGUCAGCACUAAUCCCGAGCAAUACCAAAUGGUGAUGAAUAUUAUAAACCAGUUGGUUCUAUUUGUGGAUCCACGAAAGAAAGAAAGUGACCGUCGGCGACAACGACUGCGUUUUGAAUUGCAGCUUAAAGAUGUUGAUGAAGUGAAAUCGGCUAUUUUUGCCAUGCAGGCAGAAUUGCGAGAUGUUAUUGCUGUAAUCCGUUCACUGGAGAGACGUUUAUUUUUCCUGAAUAGGCAGUUACAGGAGUCUGGUAAUGACACUGCAAUAUUGGAGGCUAACAAAAAUGUGACAGCAGAAAUCGAUGAAAUGAAAAAAAAUCAGAUUGUACUCUGUGAUGAAUUAGCAAUGACUAUUAGUUGUUAUAAAGAGAAGCAAGUGGAAAGAAUGCGACAACUGGUUAAUGCUGCAGAGGAAGAACAGGCUGCUGUGGCUAGGAGAUUUGAAGUAUGUUUUGAAGACUGUAUUUGGAGGCUUACAGAAAGUGAUGGACAAAUUGCUCUUGCAGAAAUGCAAAUACGAAAUUUUUUGUAUACACGUACGGCGCGUAUAGAUAAUUCUGGUGAACAUUUAUUAGAGAUUGGCACUGUGCAAGUUACCAAUUUACUUCCAGAUACCCUCUACAAGCAUACUUUGCAAGCACAAAAUACAUCACGAAAGAAAACGGAACGUCAACCAGCAUCAAUUCGCGUUGUUUGUCGCGAGAAAGCGCCAGUUGGUGGAAUUUCGGUGAAGGAACAUUUCGAGAUAAAUGUUUCACCCAUGAAUGCUCAAAUUACUUAUCGAUUCUUCGAAAAAAUGAUGGGGUAUUUUUUUCCUGGGAGGAAUAUCGAUAAAGAAGACCAACGAAAUCUCGAUACAAAUGAAGAGCUGCAGAACAGUCAGGGUGUAUCAGUUGGGCAGUGGUUACGUGGGGCCAUGAACGGUUCAUUUCGGCGUACAAAUGACUCUAGUCAUUUACGUGAUGAUAUUGAUCGCAUGAAGGAACGAGCUCAAGAAAAUAAUGUUUUUCUGUACAUCAAAAUACCCGAAGUGCCUUUUAUUGUUUCAUACAAGGGUAACAAAGAGAAGAAUAUUGAAGAUGUCGAUCGAUUUCAACUAGUUUUUCCGUUGUGUGAAUAUCAUGAAAAAAAUUGGACUUGGCUGGAUCUCGCUUUGGCAAUUAAGCAGCGUUGUCGACGAGUACUACUUCAACAGUUCAUGAAGCAGAAAUUAUUACGAAAUCGUUUAACAGGUGUGGAACAUCCAUCAAUCGAGAUAGAUGAGGAUGAGAAGAAACGGAUUGUUCUUGGGAUGACAGCCGUUCCAGUAAAAGAUAAGAAAAAGAAGAAGAACAACUAA